AUUCCGCAGAAAAUCAUCGUUAUAGAGUGAUCGCAUCUCAAGCCGAUACCUUGGAACGUUUAAGAUGUCGAUAUUUAUGAUCGUAGUAGCUUUCAUGCUCCUAACGAUCUUAUAUUACAUGAGUCGAAAAAAACAUCGAUUACCACCUGGCCCUUUAGGCCUACCGAUCGUGGGCUAUUUACCAUGGAUCGAUCCAAAAGCACCUCAUGAGACACUUACCGAAUUGACAAGGAAGUAUGGACCGAUCUGUGGAUUGAAAAUGGGUUCUGUAUACACUGUACUUCUAUCGGAUCCUCGUCUGAUACGACAAGUCUUCGCUAAGGAUACGUUUGCUGGACGGGCACCACUCUACUUGACGCAUGGCAUGAUGCAUGGUUAUGGUCUCAUCUGCGCCGAGGGAGAGCUUUGGAGGGAUCAAAGAAGAUUCGUCGCUGGUUGUUUGAAAAAUCUCGGCAUGGUAAAAUUCGGACUGAAAAGGGACAGGAUGGAAAGGAGAAUCCUCGCAGUUCUGGAAGAAUGCAUUUCGAAAUUGAAGGAAAGAUCUACGAUCGACGGUUUCGAUCCAAACGAGACUUUGCAACAUUGUAUAGGAAAUCUGAUGAACGAUCUCGUGUUCGGUAAAACGUACGACGAGAACGAUCGCGUUUGGAAUUGGCUUCGUAUGUUACAAGAAGAAGGUGUGAAACACAUUGGUGUUGCCGGGCCUUUAAAUUUUUUACCAUUUCUCAGAUUUUUACCAUGGUACGGUAAAACGAUGUAUACUUUGAUCGAUGGAAAAGAGAAAACCCAUAAGAUUUAUAAGAGCAUCGUCGAGGAACAUCGAUCUAAUCCCGUAAAAACGGAGAGUCUUUUGGCAGCGUUCGACGAUGAAAUGACGAGUAGAAUGAAAUCGAACGACCUUGGAUAUUUUACCGAAAAGCAAUUCUAUCAUUUGCUCGCUGACAUUUUCGGUGCAGGAAUGGACACGACCUUGACUACUCUCCGUUGGUUCCUUCUCUUCGUUGCGACUUAUCCGGACGAACAGGAAAAGAUCUAUCAAGAGAUGCAACAGGUGCUACCAGAUAAAGAACCCACUUUAGACGAUAGAACUGUUUUGACGCGUCUCGAGGCAACUAUAGCGGAAGUACAAAGGAUAAGAAGCGUUGUUCCAGUUGGUAUACCUCACGGAACGAUCGAGGAUACGCAAAUAGGAGACUACGAUAUACCAAAAGGUACGAUGGUGGUACCGAUGCAAUGGUCCAUUCAUACCGAUCCAUCUUAUUGGCAAGACCCAUUCGAUUUUAAACCGGAUAGAUUCAUUGCCGAUGAUGGCAGCCUCGUUAAGCCGGAAGCGUUCUUGCCUUUCCAAACUGGAAAACGUAUGUGCGUCGGGGACGAACUUGCCAGGAUGAUCCUGUUCCUUUUCUCUUCGAGAAUAAUCCGUAGAUUCGUCGUUUCGAUCCCUCCUAACGUUUCGAUUAAUCUCGAAGGAGAAUGCGGUAUUACCUUGGUCCCUAAACCCCAUAGAUUGGUUUUCGCACUUCGUGAAUACCCUGGAAUAUGAUCCGUAUCUCUUUUUUUUUUUGUUUUAAGAUUUUUCUAAAACUUAUUUCAUUAAUUCAUUAUUUCAUUAUUUACGAUUUUUCACGUGUUACGUAUUUCUAUGUAAUAAAGAAGAACGAUAAAUAAAACGAAACGAAGAGUUUU